AUGUAUUCGCAAAUCAACACUAUAUUCAGUCAGGUUCAGUUCAACCACAUUUACGUGGAGGGCAGUAUACUCCUUGUACUUCUAUGGAUAUUAUUUAAAAAAACGACAAGUUCUUCAAAUGCAAAAAAGGUUGAACCAUCAGAAAACCCGGACAUGGAACAAAAGAUAAAAUUGUGGACUCCAAAACCUUUGGUAAAUAAAACUUCCCCAUCUGCGUUGCCAAUGGAAAACUAUAUCAUUGAUGGCAAGACUGAACAUUAUAUCACAAUUAAUGGCCGGUCGUGUAUAAAUUUCGCCACCCACAAUUAUUUUAAUUUUAUCAGCAGUAAGUGUAUUGAAAACAAUGUAGUGGAUGCGGUGAAUAAAUAUGGCAUUGGUUCUUGCGGACCCAGGGCAUUUUACGGCACAUUUGAUAUACACAUUGAAUUAGAAGAGAAAAUCGCUAAAUUUAUGGAAAUGGAAGAAGCCGUUAUAUACUCUUAUGGGUUUUCUACGGUGACCAGCGCCAUCCAAGCAUACAUUAAGUCUAGAGACAUUGUAUACGUGGACGAAGAAGUGAACUUCGCCAUACAAAAGGGUCUGCAAUCUUCUAAAGCGGAACUGGUGUACUUCAAACACAACUGCCCAGAAGACUUGGAACGGUUGAUCUUAGAGAAAAAUGCAACAAAGAGAAGAAGAAACAGAAGAGCGUUCCUAAUUGUCGAAGGAAUUUAUAUGAAUACCGGAAAUAUUUGCAACUUGCCAAAAUUGAUUGACAUUCGAAUAAAACAUAAGAUCCGCAUAUUCAUUGACGAAACCAUAUCAUUCGGCAUUCUUGGUGAAAAAGGUCGAGGAAUUACUGAACACUUUAAUAUACCGAAAGACGAAGUUGACCUGAUCAUUGGAAGUCUAGAGACAGCCUUGUCCUAUUGUUUUUCGCAUCGUUACCCUCCACUACUAUCAUCAGCGGCCAUUAAAGCUUUGGACGAGAUUGAAAAACAUCCAGAAAUGUUGGCAAAACUGCGAGAAAGGAGCACAAGUCUACAUAAAAGUCUUCGUAAUAGUCAAUUGAUCGAACACUUUACACUUGGUUCUGAUGAAUCAAGUCCACUAAAACAUUUGUAUCUAAUAGAUAAUUCUCUAUUACACUCUGAACAACAGCAAAUAUUGAAAAAAGUUGUUGAUUAUAAAGACGAAGUUGACCUGAUCAUUGGAAGUCUAGAGACAGCCUUGUCGUCAGUUGGUGGUUUUUGCGUAGGCUCAACAUUUGUGGUCGAACAUCAGAGGCUGUCUGGUCUUGGCUAUUGUUUUUCUGCAUCGUUACCUCCACUACUAUCAGCAGCUGCCAUUAAAGCUUUGGACGAGAUUGAAAAACAUCCAGAAAUGUUGGCAAAACUGCGAGAAAGGAGCACAAGUCUACAUAAAAGUCUUCGUAAUAGUCAAUUGAUCGAACACUUUACACUUGGUUCUGAUGAAUCAAGUCCACUAAAACAUUUGUAUCUAAUAGAUAAUUCUCUAUUACACUCUGAACAACAGCAAAUAUUGAAAAAAGUUGUUGAUUAUUGUAUAUCAAAAGGAGUAGCGAUAACGACGGCUGCGUAUUUGAGUGAUCGUGAAUACAAGACUCCCACUCCCAGCAUCAGACUUCUCACAAGUAUUAAAAUAACAGAUGAAGAAAUCGACUCCCUCAUAGAUACACUGUUGCAAGCGGUCACUGCUUCAAACAUUUAA